UCCAGGCUGCUGAAGUGUCAUGGCCAAGUUACACCUGCUGCCGUGGCUGCUGCUGCUGCUGCCCACACUCCGUGGUCCAGGCACUGCAGCUGAUGGGACCACCUCAUCCCCGGGCUGUGCCCAGGGCCCCGAGUUCUGGUGCCAAAGCCUGGAGCAAGCACUGCAGUGCAGAGCCCUAGGGCACUGCCUACAGGAAGUCUGGGGACACGCGGGGGCCGAUGACCUGUGCCAGGAAUGUGAGGACAUCGCCCGCAUUCUCACCAAGAUGGCCAAGGAGGCCAUUUUCCAGGACAGGAUUCGGAAGUUCCUGGAGCACGAGUGUGACGUCCUCUCCCUGAAGCUGCUGGUGCCCCAGUGUCACCACAUGCUGGACAUCUACUUCCCACGGGUCAUCGACCACCUCCAAAGCCAGAUGAACCCAAAGGCCAUCUGCGAGCACUUGGGCCUGUGCAAACCCAAGAGUCCAAAGCCGGAGCUGUUGGACCCUCUGCUGGAUGAGCUGGUCCUCCCCGUGCUGCCAGGGGCCCUCCAGGCGAGGCCUGGGCCCCAGACACAGGAUCUCUCCGAGCAGCGGUUCCCCAUCCCCCUCCCCUUCUGCUGGCUCUGCAGGACUCUGAUCAAUCGGAUCCAAGCUGUGCUUCCCAAGGGUGUGCUGGCCACGGCUGUGGCCCAGGUGUGCCACGUGGUACCCCUGGUGGUGGGGGGCAUCUGCCAGUGCCUGGCCGAGCGCUACGUCGUCAUCCUGCUGAAUGCGCUGCUGGACCGCAUGCUGCCCCGGCUGGUCUGCGGCCUUGUCCUCCGGUGCUCCAGCGAGGAUGUCAUCGGCCCAACCCUCAACACUCUGGGGCCUCUGCCAGGAGAAUGGCUACCCCAAGACUCCGAGUGCCACCUCUGCAUGUUUGUGACCAGCCAGGCAGGGAACAGCAGCGAGCAGGCCGUGCCACAGGCGAUGCACCAGGCCUGCCUGGGCUCCUGGCUGGACAGGCAAAAGUGCGAGCAGUUCGUGGAGCGGCACUCGCCCCAGCUGCAGGCCCUAGUGUCCAGGGGCUGGGACGCCCGCACCACCUGCCAGGCCCUGGGGGUGUGUGCGACCCUGUUCAGUCCUCUCCAGUGUGUCCUCGGCCCUGACUUCUGAUGAGAACUCAAAGCCAUGCCAGGCCCUGAGGCUGGUGGACCACACACCCAUGGCUUGUGCACUCACUCCUGGGUCGGCCUGUCUGUCCUGUCUGUAACCACAGCCUGAAACCAGAGCCACUUCCGUCCUCUCUGGGUGUGAGUUGAGGCCAAGGCUGCAUCUUCUGGAGGGGGUCUGAGGAGGGGGCUUCCGGCCCAGGGUGCCCUCACACCCCACAGAAGCCAGCUCCCAGAGCGCCCCUAUGACUGGGCCUAGGGGAACUCAUUGCAGGCCCACAGCCUUUCUCCAAGUCCUGGCUCCAAGAGGACAGUGGAGGAGAAGCGGGACCCUGUCUCCCCCAGAUCUCCACGUGCACAAGACACUCGCUUUUACACUUAUUUUGCUAACUCACAAAAUCCCAAAUUCGGAAGAAUAAAAUAAUGGGAACAUAAAGAACCAAAACAGAGAGACAUGUGA